CAACAUUUAAUAACUUCAAAAGGAAGUAACAUUAAUGAAAAUGUUCAAUACAAAGUCUCCUCUUCAUCAGAAUCAUCCAUUGAUAUUUCUGAUCCGCUCCUCGACCCGAAUAAUACUAAUCAAGAUUCAAAAGGAAUUGUAUUUACACCAGAAAUAUGUGACUUCAAUCCUCGAUUAAGCACACACGAACAGCCUGCACUUUUCCCUCCGAACUCCGUAAUGGUUCAAGCCGGAGGCUACGAUCCGAAUCGAAUUCCCUCAUCGAUUUUCGCUAGUAAGCCCACGACUCCGAUGGACUGGAGCGUUGCUUCGAACGAAUCAUUGUUCAGCAUUCAUAUGGGAAAUAACAGUUUUUCGAGAGACCAUGUUUUUCUGAUGUAUAAAUCUGGUGAAUUUCCUGAUACUAAUAAUUCCCAAACUAGUCUGUUUCCUGUGGCUGAAGGAGGUGCUGUAACGAGUCUCGAGGAUUCGAUGAUUACAGAGGAAAAAUCGGUUCGGCCUGCAAAACCAGAAACUAAAUCGCCGAUCAAUGCCGGGUAUGAAAAUAGAUUGCCGAGGGCGGUUCCGUAUGAAAGCAAACCGCUGAAACAUAUGAUGCAUGAUAAGUUCCAUCACGGAGAAGAAGUCCGGAACUCAGCUAGCAGCGCUCAGUCUUUUCAGUUCCCAGUAUUGGAAACAAAUUUAGUUGGAAAUAGUUCAGUAAAAGUGGUGAUGGAGAAUGUGCCGUCAAAGAAGCAGAUGCGACACGAGCCGCAGCUACACAUACACGGCCAUGGCUCCGGCCCCGGAACACCAAGAAAACCGACGGGAGGCAGCUGGUUUUCUUGCUUCUCUUGUUGCUCACUUGGUUGCUGAGAAAAGUUUAUAUAUAGUAAUAUUUUAGACAUUAAUUUGUUUAUCAUCACUGCUCUUCCAAUUCUUUAAUUUUCAAUUAUCAAUGCUGUCUUAAUAUCUAAUUGCGGAACUCACAACUUAAAAACAUAUGGAUUGAUCAUGUUCAUCAGUAUAUGUAAUGAGUUGUUGAAGUUUUAUCUUGAGGGACUAUUGUUGUCUUCCUCCAAUUGU